AUGCCUUUAAUGUAUAAAAGAACUAUAUUAAUUACUGGAAGCUUAUCAGGAGUAGGUAAGCAAACAGUUAUAAAUCUUCUUAUUAAUUCUAAUAACAAUCAUGUGAUUGUUCAUGGUGAUACAAAAGAACAUUGUGAAAAAUUAAUAUCAGCUAUUUUUGAGACAAAUGAUUCAAUAUGUAGAGAUAAUAUUGAAUAUGUUACAGCUGAUUUUUCUGAUCUUAAACAAGUUGUAUUAAUGGCUGAAGAGGUUAAGACAAGGUUUCCUUGUUUAAAUGUCAUUAUUUGUUGUGAAAAUGCAAUGUCACAAAGGCAAAUAAUCACAAAAAAUCAUCUAGAAUUAACAUUUCAAGUAAAUCAUUUGGCACAUUUUUAUCUUAUCAAUCAACUUUUACCAAUAUUAAAAAAAAAUUCACCAUCAAAAAUUAUUUUAGCAGGAAGUAUGCUUCAUAGUUUAAAUAGACUAGACUUAGAGGAUAUGCAAUGUGAGAAGAAUUAUGAUAAAUAUAUGCAAUUUUCGAGAACAAUGUUGAUGAAUCAUAUGAUGAUGUUACAUUUAUACCAUAUGAUGAAUGAAAAUGAUGAUGAAAGUAUAAAUAUUAAUAUUGUUGAUGCUUCUCCAACAUUAGAAAAAACAGCUAUUAAACGAAAUGGCAAGUUAUCACUAUCAGAUAGUACUUUAUCAAACAUUGAAGGAAAAGAAAAUAAGUCAAUUGCAGGGUUAUUAGAAGCUGGUCUAUUUGAUAAUGUUUCUGGAAGGUUUUUUGAUAUGAAUGGUAAACAAUUAAAGUCAUCAGUUGAGGCGAGUGAUGUUCGAAAUCAAAAAGUAUUGUGGAAAUAUUCAGAAAAUAUGUGUAAAACAAUAUUUGAAAAUUUAACAUAA